AUGACCAGACAACAAGCACAGCACAAAGGGCGGGAAUGCAAGUGCUGUGACAAUACAGCGUCAGUCACACAACCACCAGGCCCUGCCCUAGAAAUCAGCAGUCGUGCCGGGCCUGAAAGAACCGAGCUGAUACAGGACCGCCACCCCGCACUGGCAACAAUAUUAGCUCGCGUUACUCAGUACACACCUUACACACUGCUGCAUGACGGUGAGAACACACAGCUAUGCCUGCGCCUGACGAACGAUUCCCUGCGUACUCCUCACACGCAGGCGGGGCGGCGCAGGCGGGGCGGCGCAGGCGGGGCGGCGCAGGCGGGGCGGCGCAGGCGGGGCGGCGCAGGCGGGGCGGCGCAGGCGGGGCGGCGCAGGCGGGGCGGCGCAGGCGGGGCGGCGCAGGCGGGGCGGCGCAGCCCACACCAACCCCGUCCCCAUAGCCGGCAAGCAGCGCGGCGUCUACCUGCGCAUGCGCAGCCGCCCGGGGCUUCCGGUAACGGUGCCGGCGCUGGUCGUGAUAGGGGUCGGAUGGGUGGCGGCCUGGCGACGGUGGCCGUGGGGCGUGCGGCUGUGGUGGCGUCCUCAUUCUUCUGCUUCCUGGUCUCGCUGCCCCUGCACGGCGCAGGACAAACUAACCUGAAGAGUCCUCAGGAUAUUCAAGUUUAUGUGGUAAAUACAAAUUUCACUCUAAGGUGGAACUACACUGGGAAUGACACCAAUGUGACAUUUUUAGCAGAGUAUCAGUGGUUUGAAGAUUUUAAGACAAAUGGAACAGAAUGGAAGGAGUUGCCUGGGUGCCAAAAUGUUACUAGCAGGGAAUGUGACUUUUCCUCUGCGAUAACCAAAUACUAUGAUACGUACCAUGUGCGUAUACGGGCCGAAAGAAGGCAAGAAGUGUCUCCUUGGUCUAGCGUUUUUGAAAUGAUUCCAUAUCUUAUAGCUCAGAUUGGUCCUCCAGACAUAAAGUUGCAGUCCAUAAAUGGAGCCAUAAAAAUAAAGGUUUCUCCUCCAGAAGCAAAUCAGGUCAGAAAAAUGUGGACAGAUCAUUUAAGUUUUAAAUACAAUGUACUUAUCUGGGAAAAUUCAUCAAAUGCAGAGUUCAGAAGUCAAAGUAUUUUUCCUACUGACAUAAUUGAUGAUCUUGCACCAGACACUACCUAUUGUUUGAAAGUACAAGCAACUCUUGUUCUGGAAUGGAAAGAAGGCUUAUUCAGUCCCAUUCGUUGUGUAAAAACGACCCGUAAAGUGAAUGACCUGCACUGUGCAACAAAUGUGACCAUUCUUGCUUUGAAUAUGAAAUUUCAUCUGCACUGGAAUAACCAAUAUAAACAGCAUGUGAGCUACAAUGUACAGUAUCUCAUUGGGUAUCUAAAGAAGCUUCACGAUGAUUACUCCUCCAAGUGGCUCAAUGUUCCUGGGUGUGAAAACAUCACUGACAUGCAAUGCAAUCUCUCUUCUAUCAUCACUGCUACUUCUGGAUUUUAUUACUUCCAUGUGCAAGCCAUAAAUGAAUAUAAUAAGUCAUGUUUGUCUAAUGAAGUAAAAGUAGAUCCUCUGAUUACAAAUGAAAUUGGCCCUCCUGAUGUGAAGGUGGACGUCGGUGAUGUUUUCCUCCAUAUCCAGAUUUCUCCUCCAGGAGGAGCCCAGGGUGAAGUCAUGAGGGACCGUUACGACUUGUCUUACCGGAUUCUCUAUUGGAAGAACUCAUCCAACAAUGAGGAAGAAAUUCAAAUGAAACAGAUAAAACAGACAAUAGGGACAGUCUCUGAUCUAACACCUGCGACUUUGUACUGUGUAAAAGUACAAGCAUUCUCAGAAGUGUACAACAAGACCAGUCCUUACAGCAAAGAGGAAUGCAUCAGAACACCUGGAGGUAAAAUUUUACCUCUGAUAAUUUUAGCAACAUUUUUCAUUGCUUUGAUUGCUGUCACUCUUCUGGGUGCACUGCUUGCUUUUAUCCUCUAUCAAGUCUACAAUAAAAUCAAAUAUGUGUUCUUUCCAUCAUGCCAACCUCCUUUGAACAUAGAGGGUUUUGACCAACAGCCCUUCAGAAGUAUUUAUCUGCCAGCUACAGAAGAACAAAUAGAAAAUUGUUCAGUAAUCGAGCUUAUCGCCACAGAAGCAAAUCAGAUUGACUUUAAAGACUACAAACAUUCCAAACAGAGCAGCCGAGAUUCAGGAAAUUAUUCUAAUGAUGAUGACAUUUCAGGACACAAAGUGUCAGAAGAAACACUAGAAAAGGAAGUAGGAUAACUUUUAAGAAAACAGAAUUCAUAUAAGGGACUGGCAAGGUAACAAGCACUUAACCUUUUUAUUAUUAAAGUCAUAGCCUAAGGAAGACAGCACAAAUUUGGGGUUUUGACUGACUCCUAUGGUAAAAAGAAUAUCAUCUACAUAAAGAGGAGCAGAUCUGUACACUUUAUAUAUUAUACUUGAACCUGAUAACCUCAGCAAAAGCCUACUCUGUUCCACAAGACUUUCUCACUAUCUUAGAGGUUUGUUUUGAAUGCCAGUGUGUACUGUUACAGAAGCCUUAAAUACCAGUAUUGAAUCUUACAAUGUUUACACAGACAAAAGGCAGCGUGCUGCAGUUCUGCACUGCAUUUAGGAUUAAAAAAACCCAACAAAUAUCCAAGCCAGAUGUAUUUUGCAAGAAGAAACUAAAGAAUACCGUUACUUUCAAUGACAAGGCAUGCUAAAAAGCAUAUUCU